GGACUCGCCAGCAGCUGGAGCUCCGGAGGAAACGACCGUGAACAUGAGCGAAGGGAAAGCGGGUGUAUCUGUGAAAGUGGUCCUCAUAGGAAACUCUGGGGUGGGUAAAUCCUCCUUCAUGAACAGAUAUGUGAAUCACCGCUUCACCAACAUGUACCGGGCCACAAUAGGAACGGACUUCCUCUCUAAGACGGUGAACCUAGAUGGAGCCACAGUCACUCUGCAGCUGUGGGACACAGCUGGAACAGAGAGGUUCCAGUCUCUGGGUACACCUCUGUACAGAGGAGCUCACUGCUGCAUGCUGGUCUUCGAUGUCACGUCCAAAGCCAGUUUCUCUGCCCUGGAGCUUUGGAGGAAAGAGUUUCUGUUCCAGGCCGAGCCCCAGGACCCAGCUGACUUCCCUUUUAUCGUUAUUGGCAACAAGAGUGACCUGGGUGACCGGGAGGUGUCUUGCAGGACGGCUAAGCAGUGGUGUGAGGAAAUCGGAGCAGACUUCUUUGAAGGCAGUGCCAAAGAAGAUGUGGGCGUAGAGAAGCCGUUUUUGAAAGCGGCUCAGAGCGGACUACAACAGUGUCGGCCACCAGUCCUCAUAUCGGGGGAAAAAAAGCGCAGUGAUGACAAUACCAGGAGACUGGAGUCCAGUACGAUGAUUAUACAGACUUGGCUCUUGAUGAUGCAAAUUUGUUUGGAGCAAAAAAGAAAGGAAAAAAUGAUGUCCUCUGUCAUCGAGGACAAGUGCUUUAUUUGUUUCCAUACCGAUUUCUCCUCUCAUCUAAUCUAAUGCCUCCAAAGCCUUUUUUCCAACACUGUACACCAUUUCAUGUAGUCUCUCUCUACAUCCCGCCAGGAUUCACAAACAAAGACAAAAAAAUAAAAAGGUAACAUUGCGCUCA